UAGCGUUGCAACGCCGAAAUAUAACAUGAGAGACAUAGACGUGCAGUCCUAUUCACUAUUCUAUACAUCUGCUCAGCUUGCCUCACUAUCUCGAUGUCACAUCAUACGAAACUAAAGAGCAGGAUAAGGGCGGACUACCCCUUCAUUCUAGAAUACAGAACACGAUGGAGCGACAACGACAUGUAUGAUCAUAUGAACAACUCUAUCUACAACUUUCUCUACGACUCGGUAAUUAACACCUAUCUCAUCGAGCACUGUGGCCUGCAUCCGCCAACCUCACAGCAAUAUGGUAUGGUAGUUCAUUCUCAUAAUAACUACUUUGCCUCGAUCGCUUUCCCGGCAUGCGCCGAGCUUGCACUUCGUGUCAACCGAAUAGGAAAUUCUAGUGUUACCUACGAGAUUGCUUUAUUUGAGAGAGGAGUCAACUCUGUUAAGGCAGUUGGGGAGUUUAUCCAGGUCUUUGUUGACCGAACGACGAAACGGCCAAAUCCCAAUGGGAUGAGUACGUCAUUACGAGAAGGUUUACGUUCUAUUCUUAUAAAAUCUCAUCUUUAAUAAAGA